UCUAAUCUCUAUCUACAACGCCACGGAACUCGACUUCCAAAAUCUCUACUCUGAAUCUACUAUCACUGUCUCAAGGUUAGGCAAAUCUCGGAGUGAUUUUGUUUUGUUUUGGCCGUGUAGAAUAAAGUUGAAUGCUUUUAGCAUCUGUUUUGCAAUUAUACUCCAAUGAGGUGUUUGCAUAACCCUACAAAGAUUCUACCUUUGCUGCCUAUCACCAUUAUCAAACAUACUAAAAGUUUCCAUCUUGACAAUGGCUACCACUCUCAAUGAGCCUCAGCGAGCUUCUUACCAAGUUGUCGUCGCCGCAACCAAGGAAAUGGGCAUCGGCAAAGACGGGAAACUCCCCUGGACUCUCCCUACCGAUCUCAAGUUCUUCAAAGACUUAACGCUAACCACUUCUGACUCCACCACCAAGAAGAACGCUGUUGUAAUGGGUAGGAGAACCUGGGAGUCCAUUCCCGCAAAGUAUAAGCCUCUCUCUGGUCGCCUCAACGUCGUCUUAACUCGCUCAAGCGGGUUCGAGAUAGCCAACGCAGAGAACGUUGUAACGUGCAGAAGCCUAGACUCUGCGCUAGAGUUGUUAGCUGGACCUCCCUAUAGUCUCUCUAUCGAAAAGGUGUUUGUGAUAGGAGGUGGCGAGGUCUUGAGGGAUUCGUUGAACGGAUCUAGAUGUGAAGCCAUCCACUUAACUGAGAUUGAUACGUGUAUUGAAUGUGAUACGUUUGUUCCCGCGGUUGACGCUUCUGCGUAUCAGCCUUGGUGUUCGUCUUUGCCAAUGUGUGAGAAUGGAGUUCGAUUUUGCUUCACCACUUAUGUUCGUGUGAAGAGUGAUGACUCAAAGGAGGCACUUCAAGUUGAUUGGAAGAAGUUUUCUUCUCUUCUUCCUAAGAAGGUUUUUGAACGGCACGAGGAGUUUCUAUACUUGAAUCUUGUUGAUGAGAUCAUCUCUAGUGGGAACUUGAAGAACGAUAGGACAGGGACUGGUACAUUAUCUAAGUUCGGUUGCCAGAUGACGUUCAAUUUGCGGAGGAGUUUUCCACUUCUGACGACAAAGAGAGUUUUCUGGAGAGGUGUUGUUGAGGAACUUUUAUGGUUCAUAAGCGGUUCAACUAAUGCAAAGCUACUUCAAGAAAAGGGUAUCCAUAUCUGGGAUGGGAAUGCGUCAAGAGAGUAUCUUGAUGGUAUUGGACUAACUGAGAGAGAGGAAGGUGACCUUGGACCCGUUUAUGGAUUUCAAUGGAGACACUUUGGUGCUAAGUACACGGAUAUGCAUGCUGAUUACACUGGCCAAGGAUUUGAUCAGCUCUUAGAUGUAGUUAACAAGAUCAAGAACAAUCCUGAUGAUCGCCGGAUAAUAAUGUCAGCUUGGAAUCCUUCUGACCUUAAGCUGAUGGCACUUCCUCCUUGCCACAUGUUUGCACAGUUUUACGUUGCAAACGGAGAGCUCUCGUGUCAAAUGUAUCAGCGCUCAGCAGAUAUGGGUCUUGGUGUACCGUUUAACAUUGCCUCAUACUCACUUCUUACAUGCAUCCUAGCUCAUGUCUGUUAUCUUGUUCCUGGUGAUUUUAUCCAUGUGAUUGGAGAUGCUCAUGUUUACAAGAACCAUGUUAGGCCUCUACAAGAGCAACUUGAGAACCCACCAAAACCUUUUCCUGUUUUGAAGAUAAAUCCAGAGAAGAAACAUAUAGAUUCUUUUGUGGCAGCUGAUUUCGAGCUCAUUGGCUAUGAUCCUCACAAGAAAAUAGAUAUGAAAGUGGCGGUUUAGCUUGAAAAAACAGAGUUCUUCUGAAUAUUCUAGUUAAAACUUGAAUCAUUUUUGUUGGGUGAUGAUGUAGAACAUUUGGAUGAUAAGAUGUUAAAGAUGGAAUUGAUAUGUAUCCAGGCCUAAUCACAAAGUCAAUUAUUGAUAAGCAGUUGGUUUA